AUUCGGUCGCUAAAAGUCGAGACAAUUUUACAUUCAAAUUUUCAUGAACAUUUAAAACGUUGUUAGAAAACUUGACAGUCGGUACGAAUAUCCAAACAUGGCGAAUUUAUCCGACUCUGAGAUAUGCAAAUUCUACGAAGGACAACACGUUUUCAUUACCGGGGGCACCGGGUUCAUCGGGAAACUCCUAAUCGAAAAAUUACUAAGAAGCACGAAAGUCGCAGCCAUCUAUCUUUUGAUCCGACCUAAAAAAGGAAAAGACGUCCGCACGCGGUGUGAAGAACUGUUCAGAAAAGAAAUUUUUGACAAAGUGAGGAGCCAAGAUCCUACUUUUAUGGAAAGAGUUAAGGUCGUGGAGAGUAGUGGUGCCAAUUUGGGUCUAUCUAUGAGUGACCAUCACGAACUCAUAUCCACAAUUAACGUGGUUUUUCACGUAGCCGCAAACGUGCACUUCUUCAACGACAUUAAAGUUGCUUACGACAACAACGUAGGUGUUACUAAGCAAGUUAUCAAGUUGUGUAAGCAAAUGUACAAUUUAAAGGCACUAGUUUACGUGUCCACUGCGUAUAGUAACAGUUAUCUCCCCUCCAUCGACGAAACAGUGUACGAUGACGUGGGUUUCGACCACCGAAAAGUCGAAUUGCUUGUCAACAGUCCUGAAACGAAAGAAAAAUUUACUAAAAGAGUUCUGGAAAAGUGGUCAAAUACUUAUGAGUUUUCUAAAGCUAUGGCAGAGCUUCUGAUUGACGAUACCGCUAAAGACCUCCCCGUUGGGAUUUUUCGGCCAUCGAUUGUUCUUUGCACACACAAGGAUCCGCUUCCAGGUUGGACUGACAGUUUCGGAGGACCUACACUUUUUAUAAUCAAUAUGGCACUAGGUUUCAGUAGGUACAUUUGUUGUGACUUUGCCAAUAACCUAGAUAUAGUACCAGGGGACAUGGCGGUGGCAGCACUGAUUGCAAGUGCUUGGGAUGUACACCGAAACUACCAAAACGUACCCAUCAUUUCCAGAAAAACCAUACCCAUCUAUAACUACGUUUCAUCUCCAGACAACCCCAUAACUUGUGGCGAAUUCAUCCGCCUUAACAUUAACGUAUACGGGGAGUUCUACCCACUAUCCAAGUGUUUCUGGAUGCCAACCAUAACCAGUGUUCCACAAACCAAGCUCACAAAUUUUUUCUUCAGUAUAGCUUACCAUUAUAUUCCGGGAUUUUUCAUGGACGUGAUUUCGUUAUUAUGUUUCAAGAAACCCACCUUAGUAUCGAAUUAUAGACGCUUUCACAAACUGAAGUACCACGGGGAGUGUUCCUAUAUACGCGACUGGACUUUUACAAACACGAAUGUGAAAGAACUCUGGGAUUGUUUGAAUGAAACCGAUAAAACUAUAUUUCCGUUUGACAUCGCAACAGUACACUGGACACACUAUUUCCAUUCGUAUUUUAGAGGAUUAAGGUCGUAUUUGGUUAAAGAACCGUGGGAUAAUCUUCCAAGUGCUAAAGUUAAGGCAAUCAGGUUAAUAUUUGCGCAUCAUGCAGUGUUGGCUUUGUUGUACUUCGUGGGUGUUGGUACCCUUUGGAAAUUACUUAGUGCUUGCUUAGUCGAACUUACAAAGUAAAAAAUGCCGCACACUUUGUCUCGGGUUUUUACUACGGAAGCAAAUUUGUUGCCGCUUGUUAGUUUUACAGCACCUAAUCAUUGAACAUAGAGAGGCGUUUAAAUUAAAUGAGUUGAGCACUCCUCGACUUAUGUUGGCAACAGUGUUUGUUUCUAACUAGGAA